AUGUCAAGUCCAGACAAGAAGCUGCGCCGCCUGGAAGGCCUGAAGCCCGAGAACGUUGACGACGAGGACACGGUCAGCAACAACAGCUACAGCGCUGCCGCCCUUCGUGUCCAGGUGUUGGAAAGAAAGAACAAAGCCCUGGCACUCGAGUUGAAGGAGGUCAAAAGAAAGCUGGCGCAGGAGAGGGCUACAAGUGACAGCCUCCGGGGAGAGCUGGCAGACAAACGAGCCAAGCUGGACUUUGCGGCCAAGGCAACCAAGGAGCUGAGCAGAAGCGUGGCUGCUUUUGGAGGCAUCCUGCUGAUGCAGCAAUGGGGUGUGUGUCCUGAAAAUGAGUAG